AUGUCGACCGCUACCACUACCACUGUUGCCGAGCCCAUCACGGCCGAGACGAUCCUUCGUCUCUUUCCCGACAUCGACACGAGGAGCGAUGCGCUCGAGGGUCACGAUGAAGAACAGAUCCGCUUGAUGGACGAGGUCUGCAUUGUCACCGACGAGAACGACCUCCCCAUUGGCACUGCCAGCAAGAAGCUCUGCCAUCUUAUGACCAACAUCGAUAAGGGUCUUCUUCACAGAGCCUUCUCCGUUUUCCUCUUCAACGACAAGAACGAGCUUCUCCUCCAGCAGCGCGCCACCGAAAAGAUCACCUUCCCCGACAUGUGGACCAACACCUGCUGCUCGCAUCCUCUGAACCUUGCCAACGAGACCGGAUCGACCCUUCCCGAUGCUGUCACUGGUGUCAAAAAUGCUGCCCGGAGGAAACUGGACCACGAGUUGGGCAUCAAGCAGGAGCAGGUUCCCUUUGAGGAUUUCCGUUUCCUUACCCGCAUCCACUACAAAGCUCCCAGCAACGGAAAGUGGGGCGAACACGAGAUUGAUUACAUUCUCUUCAUCAAGGCCAACCCCGAGGUCAAUGCCAACCUGAACGAGGUCCAGGCCACACAGUGGGUUUCUGCCGAGAAGCUCAAGGAGAUGUUCAAGGACCCAUCUCUCAAGUUCACUCCCUGGUUCAAGCUCAUCUGCGAGUCCAUGCUCUUCGAAUGGUGGGCUUCUCUCGACAACGGUCUCGAGAAGUACACCGACGAGCAGGAGAUCCGCCGCAUGCUUCACUAA